UACUUAGAGGAAUCGGAUGGCGCCAACCGAGAUACGUUAUUAUUGGCACCUGUGCUAUGAGAAUCGCGUUUGGGUAUCGGAUAUCACAACGACAAAGAAGCUAAACGAUCGGGUCCUUCAACCAUGAACAUUGCUACGAUUGGUCUGCUACAGAAACGUCAAUGCAAACCGAAAUAGUGAGAAGAAGAAACCUCCUUUAAUGCAUGGAGUGGACAGUGUCCUUCCUCUCUCAGAUCGCUAUCCUUCCUCUCCAAGAUUGGUGUCUGCGUCUGUGCUACCUCUGCGGAUACCCCAAAGUGAAUGAAGAAGAGGCAUGACGACUCGAUCCUCCCGACGACGACGACCAUCGCUCACAUCUGAUAAUGGUGUGAAUGAGAGCAGUGACAGUCUUGCAUCCAUGAUUGCUGCAGAUUGGGAAGACGCCAUGCUGCAAACCUGCAUGAGCACAGAGGAAAAAGAGGGGGAAGUUAAGAAGAAAGGAGUGAAGGGGGGUAUCCGACAAAGACCAAACAAGCGUCAACCGAGUGAUGAAGAGUGUGGCAGUGGUGAGGACAAUGAUAAGCUGCAACAAAUGCUACGAUAUCCAACCGUAGAUCACGAUGACGAUGAAAGCACUGUAUUUGACGACGACUGCUCCAUCUUCUCGUCCGACAGUGACGACAUUUCCCUCUGUCGAACAUCCCCUCGUCGCGUCAAAGGCAACAACAAUACCGGGAUCAUCAAACGGCCAAAACCACCACGACAAGGACCCAACAGCAACGACGAAAACGAAUCUCCCAGAUAUUCCCCUGCUGACAGUGGGUAUCAGGAUCCCUUGGAUGGAGACUGUUCCGCCGUGUCCUCCUUGGCCAGUCUGUUUCUGGGUCAAGACCCCUGCAACUUUGACGAAGAGGAAGGUCAGCAGCAUCAUCGUCAUCACAGCGGGACCCUGGGUGUCUACACCCAUAACACCCGUAGAAACAACACACCAUUUGCUCCAUCCCAUCCUCUCUUGAAGAAAUCCUCUUUGAAACAAGUGUCUUCCAUUGGCUACACAAACAACAACAGCAGCAGCAGCAACAGCCUCAACAACAGCAAACGCCAUAACAAUGUCCGGUUUGAUACUGUCAAUUUUCGGGAAUACGCCAUUUCUCUCUCCCAGAAUCCAUCUUGUUCCGAAGGCCCGCCCAUUGAAUUGGGUUGGGAAUUUGAAGAACAGGAAUCCGUUCCCGUGGAGCAGUACGAGGACUACAAAUCCAAACACUUUCCCCGUCGUCGACGACUGCAAGAAUUGGUCUUGAGCGACAGCGUCCGACGCCGCAUGCUGUCGCAACGGUACACUCCCGAUGAACUCGCCGAAGCGGUCCGCGAAGUGGAACAAUUGAAACGACAACGUGUCAUGACUUAUCUCAUGCUACCCGCCAGUACAUUGGAUGAAGCGGCGGAAGAAGUCUACCGGUACAUGAUGCGAGUGUUUCAGCCCAACUAACUAGCUGGCUGGCUACUAGCUGGAUAGUAGUGGCGAGGGGAGAAAAGCGGAUGGCACCCAAAAAGUCCGAACUGAACUGUAUAACAUCGAAACGUACGAAAGAAGAUCUAUAGCUAGCUCAACGAUCUGUAAUGUACUAGUAGUGCAUUUGAAACAAUGACUUCACGUUUUUGGAAUGCAAUGACGGUAUGGUACCGGUACUACAUGUAACCGACA